AUGGCUUUCAGGGAUGUGAAUGCCAGGAGACACAUUGGACUCCAGCAACUCUCAGCCUUAGCAUCCACUGGGAGAACAUUCCUGGGGCCAAUGAAAUCACAUAAAUUCAUUGUGGAUGAAAUCACCAACCAGAGCACAUUGAUUUGUUCUGCUGUGAGGCUGCUGGAAAGUUUGGAUUUGACAAGUGCUGUUGGACAGCUUCUUAACGAGACCAUUCAGGCCCAGAACAAGGAGUUUAAGACAGGGACGAGUACCCUGUUGUUCCUGGUUGGAGCGUGGAGCAGUGCUGUGGUGGAGUGCCUCCAGCAGAACGUUCCUGUUCCAGCAAUAGUGUCUGUGAUGUCUGAGGGGUUGAACUCCUGCUCUGAGAGGGUCCAGUGUCUUCAGAUACCAGUACACGAUGUAAAGAAAGAGCUGUGUUCUGGCAGAGCUAGGCCAAAGGCUUUUGAAAGCAAAACUGGCCAAGCUGGACAUGAUGCUCUUACAAAUCCUUGGGAUUUGCUGUGUUUUCAGAGAGAUAUUUCUGCAACAGAAGAAGUAAUUCAAAUAAAUUCUUAUUGCCAUCAAGGAGAUGAUUGUAAUUUUAACAAGCUCCUGGUUUCACCCUUGGCUGGCUUUGGUUCAGUGGCUUCUGUUGUCAGUGCAGCAGGUGACAAAAGUUCAUCUGUGCUGUCUGGAGGUGUUGGUGCUGCUUCCAGCUGUAUCACACGGAAGUUAACCCACAGCAGACACUUCAGCACUCUAGGGAAAGGCCGUUCUGCCAGUCAGCUGGGAAAUUCUCAGGGACACCUUUCAGGACCAUCAGCAGAUGUGUGUGGAUGUUGUGGUUUAGGACACCUGGCAGUGGCUCUGAGCCAUGGAAACCAGACCAGCGUGAAGCUGCUACAAAGCAUUGCUGCUUAUCAGCAAGAGAGAGCAGAGUGCAGUGGCAAUUCCCAGAUUAAUAUCGCAGAGAUUGUGACGUGCUGUGUGCUGGGCCUGCCCGAGAGCUGUUCCUGUGUCUCCCCAGGCUUUGUCACAUUAGUGUCACCAGAGCAAGCCUCAGUCAUCAAACACUUUGCAGACAAACCCCUCCGGGUUCUGCUGAUGGAUGGUGACCUCACGGAGGGGUACCGACACUUAGGUUUUAACAGACCCCCUAAUGUAAGGACCAUCUUGGAGCAUCCCAAUCCACAGGGAUGGGCAGGAGAUGUGUGGCUCAGCAGAAUGUCGGAUAUUCUGAUGAGCUUUGAAGUAAACCUGGUUUUGGUCAAAGGAAACGUGUGCAAAAACUUCAUGGAGAGGUGCGUGGCCAGCAGGGUAUUGGUAAUUGGCUGCGUGGCUCGGGAAGUGCUGUGUGCCUUCGGGGCAGCCACUGGUGCCCGGGCAGUGACGUACCUGAGCCAGCUGAACGCUUCCUUCGUCGGGAAUGGGGCCAGGGCGGAGCUGUGGAAGAGCAGCGAUGGGCGUGCGGUGGAUCUGGGCGAGCUGCUGCCGGCGCGGAUCAGCGCGGGAGGCAUCGCCCUGCUCACGGCCGUGCUCACCACUGCCCUGCCUUCCAAGGCGCGGCUCCUCGAGGACCAGUUCUGGACUUUGCUGUACCGCCUCCAUCACGCUCUAAAGGACGGCAAGGUUUUCCCUGGCGGCGGUGCGGUGGAGCUCUUGUGCCUCAGUCACAUCCAGGCGCUCGCAGAGCAGCCCGGGCGGCCGGGAAACGACAGAGUUGUGAGAGAGCUCCCCAGUCCCUGGCUGGCAGAGUAUAAAUCCAUUGUGCUGCAGGCACUGGCGAGUGGCUGGAGGCGGUACCUCUCCGUGCUCCUGUGGAACACUGCGAGGGCUAGCUCGGAGCUGGAAGCAGCUGCCUCCGUGGAUCAUCACCUCCAGAAAGCAGCGGCCUGUGGCUCUCCCUCAGCUUACAUUUUGGAAGAGUUUAGGAGAGGUGGAGUGCUCAGGAGUGGCUCUGAACCCUUCCCUGAGCAGGUCACAGAUUUAAGGGUUUGUGAUAACGUUGCAGCCAAGACAGAGGCGUGGAGGAGAGCUCUGGACCUGGUGCUGCUGGUGCUUCAAACUGAUGCCGAAAUUAUCACAGGCCCCAGAAGGAAUCAGAUCCUGAACUCAACUGUGUCAAGUGAAUUUAUGUUUUUAUAGGAUUUUGAGGAUUUGUAAGUCUAUGAGUCAAAUUUGUAAGUCCAUGGGAGAAGGCUGGGUGCAACCUACAUGUCCUUAUAAUGCAAACAGUGAGAUGUGAUUGUGACUUUAGAAUAUAACAGCACAAGUCAGAGUGAGAGACAGUCACAAGGUGAUUUCUUUUUUCUAGAAAUGAGAACUAAAUAACAAACAAAAAACCACUUGUGGGUUUAUCUCUAACCCAGGCCAUGCAUUUCUAGCUAAUGGUAUUGCCUGUAUGGAUGUCCUCUAAUGUCUUCUGAAGAAAGGUGGAGAUCUUUUACAUUAUAUUGCUGUAAUUGUGUUAAAUGAAAGAAUAUUUGUAAUUAUGUCUUAAUUAAUACCUUGUUCUUAAUUUCUGUACAU